AUGACGACGACUCAAGACAAGAACGCCUUAUCAUCGGAGGCUCCACUUGCCCCCGUCACCGUCGAACGCAAUGUUCGCUCCGACCUCGACACCACACUUCCAAAGGCUUAUAUUCAUACUCUUGUGUUUUAUCUGCCAAUUAAUCACAAGCCUACUGAAAAUGUUGAUCUUGAUAAUGUAGAACAAGCUUCAUUGAAUACACAAUUGUCAUCUUCUAAUAUUGGAUUUAGGCUUCUCCAAAAGAUGGGUUGGAAAGGAAAAGGUCUUGGGAAGGAGGAACAAGGAAUAAUUGAGCCAAUAAGGUCUGGUAUGCGGGAUGCAAAAUUGGGAGUUAGAAAACAGGAAGAGGAUGAUUUUUAUACUGCUAAAGAAAAUAUCCAAAGGAAGAAACUUGACGUGGAGUUAGAGGAGACAGAGGAGAUUGCUAAGAAACGAGAGAUUUCAAACAGUAGCUCGACAAAGAAGAAGGCAAAGAUUCCAAUAGCUUCAGUUUUCGGGAAUGAUAGUGACAAAGAACAAUGA